AUGUCAGGCCUACCUCCUCAGACGACUCCAACCCUUCCUACUGAAGCGCGAGCUAAGAGGACUCACGCUCGAAGAUCAUGCGAUGUAUGUAAAGUUAGAAAAACAAGAUGUGAAUUACCCGAUCUCGACGUCCCAUCUGGACCCAACCCUUUACCAACCGAUAAAUCAUGUCAUAGAUGUAGGGUUUUGGCAUUACCGUGCAUAGUAGAUGAUAGCGGGAAGAAGCAGCGAAAGAGGGGUAGAGAGGAGACGUCAAAUACCGACGUCAAACCUACCAAUGUUCAGCAACUAGAAGAAGGGGUCACACCACCCAAGAGAAGAGGGACGAAAGGAGCCAACAAGAGAGCGGAGACCUCUUCCACUCCCUUGUCAAGGAGACAAAGUAUCGUCUGUCAUGCUUUGGAUGUUUUGACUGGGAUAUCACCCUUGGCGAACCAUCAACAACCUGCAUCAUUAGAUGAAGCUUCAAGGAUCCAACCUGACUUGCCGACGUUCGAUCACGUUGAUUGUAUGGAUCAAUCGAAAAGUAUGAAAUUACAUGGUAGACCAGCGGAAUUGGCGUGUGCUAUGUUAAAAGUGGCUUACGGGAAGAUCGGGGUGAAGAGGAGACCAAAAGUAGAUGAAGACGAGGUGAAUCUGAAUGAAUUGCUGGACGAGCAGACAAGAGCUAGAUUACAGCCUGGUUUCACGCAGCUCAAGACGUUCCAUCCCCAUCUCAAGUCUUUCGAAGACGUAUACAAAGACUACAAUCAAACUCCUGAUGCCAGUAGUAGCCUAUUACUCGCUACCGUCAUCUACCUUGCCAGUCUGACCUUACCACCCGACUCGACUAUCCAGCAUAUCCGCAACGCCUUAACUCCAUUUAUCGCAUACCUACGCGACAGGGUCAUUCUCCAAUUACCCAAAUCGUUCCUCGCUUUACAUGCGCUGGAAUUGUUAGCUGUACAUGCCCCAUUGGGUGUUCUUCCUCUUGAAUUAACAAGUCUGAAGGAACUCGGCGUCGCUCGAGGACUGUUUGGUGCCGCGAAAAACCUCAUGGUCACGUUAGAAUUUGACGACCUUGUCGAAAAUGCUAUCGGGCCUGAUCCGAUGUUCGCAUUUGACUGUUCAGAUCUGUGGUUAUGGGCCAGUCUAGUCGCAGAUCAAGCUACCAUCAGCUUCGAAGAUCUGAAUCCGAUAAAACCGACAAACCUCUCUCAUGCGCGCAGAAUCACCGAGAAUCUCACCGAUCACAAUGAGAAAUUAGGUUUGUGGCAAGAUGGAAUCGCAAAAGGUGAUUUGGCGAUUCUGGUCGGUAGAUUAUCGGUCUCAGACAGGUUGGCUAGAUUCGAAGAAGUAUUGGAUACAAUCGCAAAUAUCAAACGUGCUUUGGAAAUCAGUGCGGGUAAUCAAGCGUACGAUCCUGUAGCGGGUAUAUUGAACGAGUUCCAAAACCAUGAAAGAAAGAUGGAAGAUAUUGAUAGAAGACACGAUGCUCUCAUGAGAUUGUUAGCCGAGCAGUCCAGGGGCGUCGAAUCUGGGUGGUUAGCCUAUCGAUCUAUUCGAAGGCGCUACGAGACCAAUAAAGUCUACGUGACUGGACUUCGAAUGCUCAUGGCUACGCAUUACCUAUCUGGAUCACCUCAUGCUUAUCCUGAGAUGCCGCCUAUCAUGAACGUUCCUUCGUCGGUCAAUUAUGCCAUUCAACGAGCUUUCACCCCUGCUGACAUCGUCCGAUUCAUCACCGAUACAGCCGGCUCAAAACCUGCCGUCGAAGCUGUGUGGGACUGGGGUAGGAGGAGAGGCGUCAACACCGAAGCCUGCCUGAUGGCUUGUGCCGAAUUAGGACAAAAUUUGGUCAAUGACCUCCAUAAUGGUGUAUACUCUUCGAUUUUCCCUCUACACGAUGUGACUCUCAUCGCCAACGAAGCUGCGAAGGUCUUAAUCGAGAUGGAAGCCGGGACUAUACAGAUCCUAAGAUCAAAUAAUCAGAUCCACAAGGCUUUCAGAGCAAGAUCGUGGUUGGUCGUCAUGAAUCAAGUCUCACAAACUCUCAGAUCAAUUGGUCUGUUGGCUUCGAGUGACGAGUAUGGGGGCGAUUCAGUUGCGAACGGAUGUAGUAAUCUAAUCGGAUCGAUGGUUAGAUCAGCAGAAGAUUGGACCAAAUCACUCGAAAAGGAAAUCCCUCAUGAAGUUCUGGGUAAUGGUAAUGGGAGUGAUCAACAACAUUCGGAUAACGGAGCGAACUUACCUCCAUAUAUGUUAGAUUCUAAUGGCAAUGGGAACCAACCCAGUACUAUCCAUGAAUCAAUGAGACAACCUCCCACUGGGUUAUCAACCACUACAAGUCAUCAGCAGUAUAUGGAUAGUUCAGAUCGAUGGAUGGCAUCGAGUGAACCGCCCCAACCACCCUCUUCAUCAUCUUCCGCGGGACAUCUACAUCAUCAUCCAUCAACAACGGAAGAAAGACGUCAUCAACCUCCUCAAGCCAAUUACCCACCUCAACCUUAUCCCUCCGACACGAAUGCGAACGCAAAUGCACAUCCUGCUCAACCCCCUCAACCUGGGCCAUACCCAAAUACCGCUCUGGACCAAUUACUUUCCGAAAUGUUCUGCUAUAACCUUCCCGCCUCGCAGCAAGGCCAGAAUCGAAUGCCCCAGCCUGUGCAGGAUCAUCAUCAGAAUUCUUGGCCCGCCGGAUCUCGAUAG